AGUUGAAUCUGUUAUUCUGUUGAUAUUUUUAUCAGAGCUGAAUUGUUUUGUUUAAUUCCAAUGUUUUCCGUAUUUGCAGCUUUGCAAUAGUUGGUAAUACUAUUACUUAUCAAUCAGUGUUUAAUUUUCCUGGACAUUCAAAGACGUAUACGAACAAGAUAUUUGUGGUCGGAACUGACUGUGCACGUGCUGGAUGUUGGCAAACUUAGGGUUGCUUCGCUCUGCUUGCCGAUCAUUCGUUGUCACCAGCAUUUGGAAGAGGUCCUACAUACUGCCCGAAAAAUUAUCAAAAUGAGGUUGGACAUUGAGGGACUUGAGGUGCUCUUUCCGUAUGACUUCAUCUAUCCCGAACAGUAUUCGUAUAUGGUGGAGCUGAAACGCACUCUGGACGCUCGGGGCCAUGGACUGCUCGAAAUGCCUUCGGGCACGGGAAAGACCAUCUCCUUGCUGUCGCUCAUUGUGGCGUAUCUGAAAUUCAAUCCGGACCAUCUGACGAAGCUGGUGUACUGCACACGAACGGUGCCAGAAAUGCUGAAAGUCUUGGAGGAGCUGCGUAAUCUGCUGAAAUAUUACGAGAAAGAGUUCGGGGAGCCGUUGAAUUUCAUGGGCAUUGCGUUGUCAUCUAGAAAAAAUCUGUGCAUUAAUCCGGAGGUAUAUCCGCUGCGAGACGGUAAACUGGUAGAUGGAAAAUGUCAAAGUUUGACGGCGUCCUACGUCAGAGCAAGAGCGGCGGAUGAUGCAUCUGUGCCAACGUGCGCCUGGUUUGAUGGAUUUGAGCAGCAUGGAAAGGAAAAUCCAUUACCCAAUGGGGUUUACAGUUUAGAUGACCUGAAAGAGAUUGGUCAGAAAAAGAAGUGGUGCCCCUAUUUUCUGGCCCGUCAUGCUAUUUUGUAUGCCAAUCUUGUGGUGUACAGCUACCAUUACCUUCUCGAUCCCAAGAUUGCUGAUCUCGUAUCGAAAGAGAUCUCCAAAAAAACCGUUGUCGUUUUUGACGAAGCGCACAACAUAGAUAACGUCUGUAUUGAAUCUAUGAGUGUGUACAUCAAUAAAAGAAUUAUUGAUAAGUGUCAGGAGAAUAUCACUUCCCUGAAAACUACGAUCGACAGCAUCAAGGAGAAUGAUGCCGAACGACUGCAACACGAGUAUCAGCGUUUGGUAGACGGUUUACGCGACGCGAACAUCGCCCGUGAAACCGAUUUGCGCUUAUCCAAUCCUAUUCUGCCCGAUGAUAUAUUGCAAGAAGCGAUUCCGGGGAACAUUCGCAGUGCGGAACAUUUCGUUGCCUUCAUGAAACGCUUUUUGGAAUAUGUGAAGACCCGUUUACGAGUGCAACAUGUUGUGCAUGAAAGCCCCGCUUCCUUCCUAAAGGACAUUUAUGAUAAAGUAAUGAUUGAUCGGAAACCCUUGCGGUUCUGUGCUGAGCGACUGAGGUCACUGCUAAGAACUUUGGAAAUUGCUGACAUUACCGACUUCUCUCCUCUCAGCCUGAUGGCUAGUUUUGCAACGCUGGUCAGCACGUACAUUAAAGGUUUCACCAUUAUUAUCGAACCUUAUGAUGAUAAAAAUCCGAAUGUGAUCAACCCUAUCCUUCACUUCACUUGUUUGGAUGCAUCGAUAGCUAUUCGGCCGGUAUUUGACCGAUUUCAGUCCGUUGUUAUCACUUCCGGUACACUGUCGCCUUUGGAUAUGUAUCCAAAAAUUUUGAAUUUCUGCCCCGCAACAAUGGCUUCCUUCACAAUGACCCUGGCGCGACCGUGUAUUUGUCCCAUGAUUGUUAGUAAAGGCAACGAUCAAGUGGCCAUCACGUCAAAGUUCGAUGCGCGUGAAGAUUUGGCUGUGAUUCGGAAUUAUGGAUCUCUUAUUGUUGAAAUGGCUGGUGUUGUACCGGAUGGAAUGGUGUGCUUCUUCACUAGUUACAUGUACAUGGAGUCCAUUGUUGCGGCUUGGUACGAACAAGGUAUCAUCGAUAGCAUCCUUCGAAAAAAAUUGCUAUUUAUCGAAACACAAGAUGCUGCGGAAACUAGCAUUGCCCUCCACAAUUACAGGAAAGCUUGCCUUAAUGGACGCGGUGCAGUGCUGCUGUCGGUAGCUCGGGGCAAGGUGUCGGAAGGCAUUGAUUUUGAUCACCAGUACGGACGGUGUGUCAUCAUGUUUGGCAUUCCUUAUGUUUAUACUCAAAGUCGAAUCUUGAAAGCUCGCCUGGAUUACCUUCGCGAUCAGUUUCAAAUUAAGGAGAAUGAUUUUCUCACGUUCGAUGCCAUGCGACAUGCGGCACAGUGCGUUGGUCGAUGUAUUCGGGGCAAAACGGAUUACGGAAUCAUGGUGUUCGCGGAUAAGAGAUUUUCAAGAGCGGAUAAGCGAAAUAAACUGCCGAAAUGGAUUCGCGAACACCUUAAAGAAAGUGUAAUGAAUUUGUCCAUCGAAGAAUCUGUACAAAUCGGGAAAAAGUACCUCCGCCAAAUGGCCCAACCGUUUACUCUGGACGAUCAGUUAGGAAUUUCAUUGUUGACGAAGGAUCAGUUGGAAAAUGAAUUAACAAAGCGGAAAGCCGAACAGCGGGCAUAUCAGACGUAAUAGUUGGUUUCCUGGUUUCGACGGUGUUUAACACCUUCGUGUUUGACCUUUCUUGUGAUGGAACUCAGAGUCUGAUAGAAGUAUCAUGUAAGUUUGGUACCAAUUUUUAUGCUCAUUGCUGUAUCGGCAAAACUUAUGCAGUGAUAAAAUUUUGGGUGCUUCUCAA